UUAAAAUUUACCAAAUAAUUGAAAUAAGACUUGGUAGAUAGUUCGUGCCAAUUUUUCGUCAAUUGGUUUAUUCUUAGCCAUGGUUUUCGGUAUGUAAAGGUCGUCAGUGAUGCCGCCAUGUUCGAAUAUUGCUGAUUUACCUCUUCAGCUCGUUGAGCAAGUGUUCAAGUAUUUAAGCUAUGAAGAAGUUUCAAAACUGAGAGAGACAUGUAGGUUUUUUGACGUUGUAUGCCGAGGCAUUCUCAACAAAGGAUUUAAAACCAUAGAGCGGAUGGUUGUUUCAUUUCAUUCAGAACUGCGUUCUCAGCUGCCACGACGUGAAUCUGAGCGUCGAAAUCACCUGCUUAACAGACAUUGUGAAACUCUGUCUGCCAUCGAGACACGUUUGUCUCUUUUGAAAAUGAGUAUCAUGCGCUAUGCAGACAAAGAUCGCUGCUGUUUUUUCCCUGGAAAAGUUCUUGAUGAAAUGGAAGGUGUCUGUCGGUUCAUACGAUUGAAUCAAGGUGUUCCGAUAAGACCAUAUGAUAUAUUGCAUGAACUUCGAGAUAUAUCUUCAAUGGCAAUGGAGCACUUUGAAGAAAACAUCCUUCCAUCUCUGCAUCUGAAGUCAAAUCUUGGUAACUCGUGGUUAUCAUCUGAAUUAUCAAGCCCUUCUAUUAGUCAAGCUCGAGGUCCCAUACCAUUAGAUGAGCUCCGUGCAGUUUCAACUUUCAAAAGGCAGCAACUAAACCAGUUAGCCCAACAUUCAUAUCAACUCGCUAAUAUGGAAAAUGUCACCCACCAGGAAUCACGAACUGUUUCUAAAGAAUUAACGGUUAAUCACAAAUUAACUUCUGAUGUGAAGCGACUUAAACAGGGUCAAGCCUUAAACAUGGCCCGCAUCUGUAAAUUGAGUCGUAUGGUGUAUUAUUUACUUUGUAAACAACGAGAAGUGACUGAGCAGAACAAACAGUUGGGUUCACUAGUAAAAAUGCAAAGUCGUAGAAUAAAACAGUUAGAAGCUAUUUGUGGGACAAAUUCAGUCAACUGUUCUGAUAUAUUAGAGUCAACAUCGUCGUCCUCACCUUCAUCGGCUGUUUGCACUUCGUCUUCACCUAGCCACUGCAACCAGUUAUCUACAACAUUUAGUGAACAAAAUAUCUUAAAGUCUGGUAAUAAAAGAGUUAAAUCUAAUGGUGAUGUUCAUAAUUGUGAUAAUGAAAUUCAUUGUAUGGUGCCGUCGAAAGUACUUCUCUUGUCAGACAUUGAUUAAAUUUUGUAUCGAAAUAGCUUCUUAUUUCUUCUUUUAAAAAGUUUGUUUCAUUUACAUAUGUAGGUUAGAAAACUCAGCGCGAUUCGCUCCAAUAUAUUAUUUCAUUUCCUCUUUCAAGUAAAUUAAUUUGUUUUUUUCGUACAUUUUUUUAUUUCUCGGAAUGUAAAUAUGUCACUUACUUACAAUAUAGUUAUCUUUAUUA